CCGGGAACCAAUCAAAACGGCCGUUUCUGCGCCUGUCUCCGCCUCUCGGGCUAGCGCUAGCGCAACGUCAUCACUGCGCGACGGAUACAAGAUGAGCACCUACCAUUCCUCUCCCUUUGACCCUGAGCGUCGAGUCCGGAGCACGUUGAAGAAGGUCUUCAGGUUUGACUCUUUCAAGACGCCUUUACAGGAGAGAGCGACCAUGGCUGUAGUGAAAGGUGACAAGGAUGUCUUUGUGUGCAUGCCCACGGGGGCAGGAAAAUCCCUCUGCUAUCAGCUCCCUGCUCUGCUGGCCAAUGGCAUCACCAUCGUAGUCUCUCCUCUCAUUGCCUUGAUUCAGGACCAAGUGGACCACUUGCUGGCCCUGAAGGUACGAGUGAGUUCCCUGAACUCGAAGCUCUCGGCCCAGGAGAAGAAGGAGCUGCUCUCUGACCUGGAGCAAGAAAAGCCCCGGACCAAACUUCUGUACAUCACGCCAGAGAUGGCGGCUUCCACCUCCUUCCAGCCCACCCUGAACUCCCUGGUGUCCCGCCACUUGCUCUCCUACCUGGUGGUGGAUGAAGCUCAUUGUGUUUCCCAGUGGGGGCAUGACUUCCGUCCUGACUACUUGCGUCUGGGUGCCCUGCGCUCCCGCCUGGCACAUGCCCCAUGUGUGGCUCUGACCGCCACAGCCACCCCGCAGGUCCAAGAGGAUGUGUUUGCUGCUCUGCAUCUGAAGCAACCGGUUGCCACCUUCAAGACUCCCUGUUUCCGGGCCAACCUCUUCUACGACGUGCAGUUCAAGGAACUUCUUCCUGAUCCCUAUGGCAACCUGAGGGACUUCUGCCUUAAGGCUCUCGGACAGAAAGCUGAUAAAGGGUUGUUGUGUGGCUGCGGCAUUGUCUACUGCAGGACCAGAGAGGCUUGUGAACAGCUGGCGAUAGAGCUCAGUCACAGGGGAGUGAACGCCAAGGCUUACCACGCAGGUCUGAAGGCUUCUGAAAGAACACUGGUACAGAACGAGUGGAUGGAGGAGAAGGUCCCCGUAAUUGUCGCAACCAUUAGUUUUGGGAUGGGAGUGGACAAAGCCAACGUCAGGUUUGUUGCCCACUGGAAUAUUGCCAAAUCUAUGGCUGGGUACUACCAAGAGUCUGGCCGAGCAGGCAGGGACGGGAAGCCUUCCUGGUGUCGUCUCUAUUACUCCAGGCACGACCGGGACCAAGUCAGCUUCCUGAUCAGGAAGGAAGUAGCAAAACUCCAGGAAAAGAGAGGGAACAAAGCAUCGGAUAAAGCUGCUAUCUUGGCCUUUGAUGCCUUGGUGACCUUCUGUGAAGACUCAGGGUGCCGCCACGCUGCCAUUGCCAAGUACUUCGGGGAUGCGCCCCCUGCCUGCACCAAAGGCUGUGACCACUGCCAGAACCCUGCGGCCGUGCGGAAGCAGCUGGACGCCUUGGAACACAGCAGCAGCUGGAGCAAGACCUGCAUCAGGCCCUCCCAGGGAAAUGGCUUCGACCCUGAGCUGUAUGAGGGAGGCCGCAGGGGCUAUGGGGGCUUCAGCAGGUAUGACGAAGAUUCUGGAGGCAGUGGGGACGAGGGCAGAGAUGAGGCCCACAAGCGGGAAUGGAACCUCUUCUACCAGAAACAGAUGAGUCUGCGCAAGGGCAAAGACCCCAAGACAGAAGAAUUUGUACCUCCAGAUGAAGACUGUCCUUUGAAAGAGGCUUCUAGCAGGAGGAUCCCCAGGCUCACGGUGAAGGCCCGUGAGCACUGCCUGGGCCUUCUGGGCGAGGCUCUGAGCAGUAACCGCCAGGCCACAGGUACCAGUGAUGGGCUUGACUUCCAGGCCAAGGCUGUGGAACUGGAACAUGAGACUUUCCAAAGCGCCAAGGCAGCCAACCUGUAUAAGGCCAGCGUGCUGAAGAAGGUGGCUGACAUCCACAGAGCCUCCAAGGACGGGCAGCUCUACGACAUCGGAGGUGGCGCCAAGAGCUACACAGCCCAGGCUGAGCCCACUGAGUACGACAUCCGGCCAGCCUCCCAGGUGUAUUCGUUCAAACCCAAGCGAGUGGGAGCUGGUUUCCCGAAAGGCUCCUGCUCAUUCCAGAGCGCCACAGAGCUGAUGGAGAAGACGCUGGCCGAGGGCCAAGCCCCCCAGCUUGUGCAGGGAGGCGAGCGGGAGCCCGCCAGCCGGCCCUGUGGCCCACAGGAUGAGGACAGCAGUGAGCCCGACCCGGGGCUCAGAGGAGAGGCCCCCGGGAGCAGUGCUCAUUGUGGGGGGCCUGCCCCUGAGAAGAAGACAAAAGGCCCCUCCAGGGACAGUCCCAGGGCCAAGGUUCGGGCCAACAAGCAGCAGCAGGUCCUCGCGGCUGCAGCCGUCAAGGAUUCUCAGAACAUUACCCGCUUCUUCUGCCAAAGGGCUCAGGGCCCACCUCCACCUGCUUCAGCUCCAGGGCCAGAAGGCCCCUCCUGGGAGGGGGUGCGGGGACCCCUGGCGGCCACCCCAGAGAAGUGCACAGGGGAGGAGGAUGGAGCCCUGGGACAUUUGGCUGCCCGCCCCCAGCCUGAGUGCCCCAGAGAGUGGACAAGUGCCUGCCCACUCAGAGAUUGGGGGCCGCCUGAAGGCCAGCCCACACCCACAAAAGAGACCCAGAGGAGCAAGCGACCCAGAUCACAGCAGGAAAACCCAGAUAGCCCGGUGCAGAAGAGACUUUGCCCCUCAGCCAGUGCCCCCGUCUUAGCUGAGGCCAAAGACAAUAUCUCCGCCAGUGAUCAAGGAACUAUGAACCCCACGGCCCCAGGCUCCCGCCAGCUCUCAGCUCCCAGCAUCUCCCUAAAGGUGGCUGCGAACAUCGUGGUCAAGUGCCUGACCCCAUUCUACAAGGAGGGCAAGUUUGCCUCCAAGGAAUUGUUUAAAGCCUUCGCCCGCCACCUCUCACACUCGCUAACUCAGAAGCCCUGUCCUGGAAGGAGCGUGAAGGAAGAGGCCCAGAACCUCAUCCAGCAGUUUUUCCACGGCCGGGCCCGGUGCGAGAGUGAAGCUGACUGGCAUGGCCUGUGUGGCCCACAGAGCUGACCGGCUGCAGCCCAGCACAGCCAGGGUCCUCCCUGGACUCUCCCAUGGGCCAGCCUGGGCCUGACUCAGGGCGGGGAAGCUGGCCAGGCCUGCUGCUGCUGCCAGGGGCAUUGGCCUUUUCUCAGGGUCCUUCCCCCUUCCAACCACACCUUGCUGUGGUGAUGACCCCGGACACCUCCCAAAUCAAGGUCAGAAGUCAGCCCACCUUUCUUUCUACCUGCAGGGCCUGUGGUCCUCUUUCUCCUAGCUUCUCUGCCUCUCCUGGCCUUUAUGGCUGGUUUUCUGAGCCACAUCCCCAGAUUAGAACAAGCUGGGUGGUGUGCUUGCUGCCAGGGGAACAGGAAGAAGAAAUGGUCCCUCCAUUUCUUCUUGUACUUAAGUUAUAAGCCAGGGGCGAGGCCCCCCUGUGCGAGCAUUGGGGUCUCAGGAAGAGCCCUGCCGGCCCCAGGUGCAGAGCUCUGUGGGAGGAGGGACAGCGCCCAGGCCCCGCGCCCUCUCAGCUCCUGGUCGGGGAGCCCGGGCUGGACCAAGAUGUUUACCAGAGGAAUAAAGUCCCAUGUGUUCUGACACACGCG